ACGUGCGGGCCUGCAGGCUGUCAUGGCGGACGCACAGAGCAGAGUUUCCUCAUUCCUCUGAGUUCCGUCCGCACGGGAUGAAACAGUAGAAAAGCGCAGUUUGUGUUCGUGUAUAUGCGGCAGAACCCGGAGCUGUUUGCAGUGUUUUUCGUCCCUGAACAGCAACAUGAGGAUGCCACUGAUGGAGGCGGAGGUGGUGCCAGCCAGCGGGCUGAACCAGUGCCAGCAGGCCCAGGAUCAGCUGGAGAACGCCAUCAACGGCGUUAUGAAGGCCGAGCAGCAGCUCAGAGAGAAUGCCAGAGAGGUGCGCUCGGAGCUGCAGAGCUGCGUGAGCCGCCAGCAGGAGGCGCUGCGCUGCAGGGAGGUGUGGCUGCUCGGACAGAUUGAGCUGCUGGAACAAGUUAAGACGGAAACUUUGCAACAGCAGCUGCACCAGCUUCACCGGCUCAGAGGUCAGUUUGACGUCAUCUCCCAUCAGCUGCAGAGCUCUAACAGCAGCAACGACCUGAACAACCAGCUGACCAGUUGCAUGGAGAAGUUGUCCUCUCUGAACCUGACACCCGAAGAAACACCUGAGAUGAGUUUCCAUGCCGACACUCGCUCUCUGAGGCAGGCCAUCACCUCGUUCGGCAGCAUCACUGCGCAGCUAGUGGAGGGCGUGUCCUGUCAGAGCCCCACCUUUCAGAGUUGUCCCAUCGCAGACAACAAGCAGAAUGAGAUGGCGGUUCUGGGCGACUGGCUGCUGGGAACCCGUCCAACAAGCAGCAGCACUCCUAUUAGUUACCAGUCUAGCAAGAACCCUCAGGAUUGGCUGCUGUCUCACAAGGAGAGCAAGACUUCCUGUCCCGUCCUGGCCUCGAUGGACUUCUUGCAGGCCUGGGGCCAGCUCAGAGACCUAGAGGCUUGGCUCCUUCAGGACCAGAACCAGAACCCUGUCAUCAGGGAGAGGACCAACAGCAGCAGCAGCAGCUCCUCCAUCUCCAUCGAGAAGAUUGACGAAUCAGAAUUCAUCAUUCCGUUUGAGGAAGAGGAGGAAGAGCUAAGUGACUGGCUCAUUACCCCGCCCACUGUUGCCGUGGAGACCAGGUCAGAUGCAGAGCGGUGGCGGCGCGUGCUGAAGCCCUUCGAGGACGGCUGGUCAUCCAGCGAGUGGCUGGUGGAGCCGCCCCGGCAGGAGUGCUCCUCCUGCUGUCAGACCAGCAGCGCCAUUGAGAUUGAGAACCUGGGCCAGCUCAAGUGCCUGAAGACCCCUCCCAUAUCAACCCCCACCUCUCCUACCACCGCCCCCGCUGCCUCCCUGGAGGCGUGGCUGCAGACAGUGGUGCCGGUGAAGCAGAACUGCAGAGCCAAUGAGCCGUGCUCUACCUACGGCGACUGCGUCUGCGAGGAAAACUGCGGGAAGGAGGCGCUGAGCCGCUGGCUGCUGCAGCAAGAGGGGCGGGACAAGAACGGAGUCCCUGUGGCCAAGAAUGCCCCGCCCACUGCCAAGAACAUCCCGCCCACCAUGUUCCACAGAGAGCAGGAGCAAAAGGUUCAGGCCAUCCUGGAGGCCUGGCUCCACCCCAGCACCACCUCCUCCUGUAGAACCUCCCCUCCUACCGCCUGGGUGACUCCUGAGGAGAACACCAAGAUGGUCCACAGCUCCCAGUUCCAGCCUUCCUCCUCUUCUCCGUUCCAGCAUCCUCUGGAUCCGAACCUCUGGGUGCUGCCAGGGAAAACUUCUGCUCCGGAAUCAGGAGGUCCGGCCUGUCCAGCUGAGGAGGACAAGUGGCUGCUGAAGAAGAGGAGUCAGGCUCAGGAGCGCUUGGUUCUGCCCACAGUCUGUGACCUGUUCUCCUGCAUGAAGGUGGGCGGAGACAAAGACAAAUGGCUGCACAGGGGUCCCGUACAGAUGUGACGACGACGAUGAUGAGGAUUUGGAUUUUUCUACUUCUUGGAGUCACUUUAUUGCUGAUAAUCGCACACGCAUCAGUCUAACGCCAUCGCCUUCUUCUUCUUCUUCCUCCUCCUGUGACACAACCACCCUGAUCUGCCAACCACCAGUCCAGGAUCCAGAACAGCUGAUCAAUAGACUGUGUAAUGAAGAUGAACCGAUUUAUUUUUAUCUUCAGUUCAACCUAAAUGUGGUGGAAAAUGAGUCGUCCUCAAUAUUAAUCAGUGAUCAAUAACCUGCUUCUAAUCAGGAAGUGAUCUGAACGUUUUAGCCCAAAGGUUCUUCUUCUUUGGAAGGGUUUUAAGACCAGAGGAGCUAGGGUCUGGGAGUAAAGCGUGCAAACAUGGGGUUAUAUACAAGUGGGCGGGGUUAUGUACAAGUGGGCGGGGUUAGUUUUUAGAUAAACAGGAGUUUUUAUCUGAAUGAUGCCGUUUGAGAGAAACUGAUCUGAGUGCAGUUUGAAUGGAAGUUUCCUUCUUUCGUUUUUCUCUGCUGACAUCAGAAACUCUUGUCCUUUCCGGACUGCAGCCUCACACCUGUUCUCUGCUCUGAGCCGUCAGCUCACCUGGCAGACGCAGCUCAGGGCAGAAGACAACGCUGGUCUGAGAGGAUUUACCAUUUCCCAGAAUGCCUUGAGAGCAGGCAGCCAGUGUGGUCACAUGCCUGUGGUCAGCAGACAUUGGUGCUUUUAAUGAUGCUGUGCUCUGGUUUUUGUUGGGGGUGGAGCUUAAACAUGUAAAGCUGUGAUGUCAUCAGUUAUCUUCUGCUGUGAUUCUCUACAGUAAUAAAAUAUUCUGACAUCA